AUGGAGCUAUCAACUGUUCAUUCUUCAUUUAAUGAAUCUACUCAUUGUAAAUAUGGAUUAAUUGAUAUUUUAAAAUUACAACAAUUCCAAAAACAAAUUGAUUGGAAUGUACAAUGGGCAUGUCAUAUUGAAAUUGGAAAAUAUAUUAGAAAAUUAUGUAGUUUAACUCGUAGAAAUAUGAUAAAAACUGCAAUAAGAAUUCAUUCAAGUUCAAUUAUUUAUUAUCGUAGAUUUUAUGCACAACGAUUAAUUACUGAAAUUGAUCCAAGACUUAUAGCAGCAACUUGUGUAUUUUUUUCAUCAAAAGUUGAAGGAUGUUUAAUAUCACCACAUAGUAUUAUUGAAUAUUCAAAACAAAUUCUUGAAUUUCCAUUUAAAAUUCAACAAAUAACUGAUACAGAAAGAAUUUUAAUUGAAGCAUUGAAAAAAACACUUAUUGUAUGGCAUCCAGAAAAAGAUUAUGAAGAUAUUUGUAAUUCUUCUCAAUUACCUGAAUUUGUUUGUGAAACUAUACAAUCUAUAUUAAAUGAUGCAUAUCUUACUAAUGCUAUUAUUACUUAUCAACCAACAGAAAUAACUUUAGGUUGUGUUGUAGUUGCUGGAAUUUUACAAAAUUGUGAUAUUAGAACAUUAUUAUGUUCAAUUCAAAUUAAUCUUCAUCAUGUUGAAGCAGUUGCUAAUGAAAUUUUAAAUUAUUACUCUUUUAUUAAUUCAAAAGAAUAUUCAUCAUAUCAACAAAAAGCAAAAGAAAUAAUUCGUGUUCUUUGA